GCAGUUGCCUGCCCGCUGCAGACGCGAAGACGGCGCCGCUUAUCUAACACAGCUGUUUUUGAUCAAGUCGUCGGAUCAAUAUCUCGGUCCCAGAAAAAAAAAGGGGGCAGGGUUUGGGAAACACUGAGGCUUUAGCUCCGCUGGAAUUUAAAUGCGCUCGUAGACGCGCUGCGGUCAGAGCCGUUGUUGCUCCUGUGAUCUGCAGCUCAGGAGCCAAGAUGCACUAAGUCGAAACGCACAGAGGAGAAAUGGCAGUGGGACUCAUCGGCAGCGCUGUGGCCGCUGUUAGCGGCAUCGUUACUGGCGUCAUGAAUCUUUUCACCGACAUGUUCCUGACACCACCGCUGAAGGCCACUCUCCAACAUCUGGAGGAAACUGAACUUAAAACUUUGAAAGGAGAAAAAAAAACCCUGAAAGCCAAGUCUCUGUGGGAGAAGUCAGGGGCUGUCAUCAUGGCAGUGCGGCGGCCUGGGUGAUUUUUGUGCAGAGAGGAGGCUGCAGAGCUGUCCUCUCUGAAACCCCAGCUGGACGAGCUCGGGGUCCCUCUGUACGCUGUGGUGAAGGAGGACGUCGGCACCGAGGUCCAGAACUUCAGACCGUACUUUAAAGGGGAAAUCUUCUUGGAUGAAAAGAGGCGCUUUUAUGGACCCCGUGAGCGGAAGAUGGGUCUCCUGGCAUUUCUUCGUGUUGGGGUGUGGCUGAAUGGCCUGAGGGCCUUCAAGAAAGGCUUCAUGGGAAACGUUUUGGGAGAGGGCUUUGUCCUUGGUGGGGUCUUUGUCAUUGGACAAGGACAGCAGGGAAUACUUCUGGAGCACAGAGAGAUUGAAUUUGGGGAUAAAGUCAACAUUGGAGAUGUCAUCCAAGCUGCCAGAAGAAUACCACGGGAACUUGUGCCAUUAGAGAAGAAAUAAUGCUUUGUAUGACCACUGCUGGAUAAAUCAUAAAUCACUGAGUUUGCUGCUGAAUUGGUCUCAGGGAAACCAGGAUGCAUUCUGGAGUAUGACUGAGUUUGAGAGGCUCUGAGUGUGUUAAUGAUGGUCUGUCUUUAAACUCGACAGAGGAUGCAGACUUGAUAUCUAACACUCAGUUUCCUGUAUUACUCUGUGGUACCAUUGUGUCAUUCUGGGAGCCAAGAGACUGUGAUCGAUGACUAAUAAAGCAUCCCUUUUCA